GUUUUGUUUCAGUAAGGUUGCUUCAGUAUCUUGACAUCUUACUUAUUUAUCCUUGAUCAAGAUUUAUAAUUGUACUUGAUAAACGUGACCUGACCGUAUUAUCUUGUCUAGUUUCACCUCAUGUGACAACAACUGAUUUCCUUGCUUAAUAAUGGGAAACAAGAUGUUGGUUGCUUUUCUUAUGGUUGCAUGUUUCGGGUCUGCUUUCGGAAGAUAUUUUGCACAAGACUGUAUGUACAAAGACCCUGGUACUGGGAGAACAUAUGACCUGACACCUUUAAUUUCCAGUAAUCCCAAUGGGUAUACGUGGACCCAGACAGUAUGGUCUAUUGGUGGAUAUUCUCUCGAUAGCUUGAAUAAUGACAACCAAGUCAACGUUUCUUUUCAGUUACAGCUUUGUAGGAAUAUCAUAAAUCAACAAUUCAAAGGAUGUAACAGCACAGGUGCAGCGUAUUCGUACGACGCGACAAAUGGGUGCAUAAAUUGGGGCCAAGCAACAACUGCCGCGUUUGAUGUGGUACCUUAUAAAGACGGUGUGUUUAUGCAGAUGUACCAUGGCGACGUUAUCAACCACUAUCAGAAAUAUAUGUCCAAUAUAUAUAUCGUAUGUGAUAAAACUGCAACUGAAGUGAAACCUAUGUUUGAACAUAUAAAGUCAGAUAUUUCACAAGCGCAUUUCAAAAUCAAAACAAAACAAGUAUGUUAGUUGGGUGUAUUUCAUUACUUUCAAAUGUAAAAUUAUUUAUAUAAUCUUUU